AUGCGUCAGGCUAACGCGCAUACGAUGACAACGGUAACAGUACGAUUGUCGGAUGUUAACGAUCAUGCCCCCAUAUUCGUGGGAGCGUACGAUCGAUUAUCGAUUAGUGAAGAUGCGCCUGUUGGAACGACUGUCGCGGUUUUCUCAGCAACAGAUGCAGACAGAUCACCGGGAGGAACGAUUACCUACAGUUUAGUAGAGACAGAUGAAAGUGAGAGUGCGUUCAAAAUUGACGGUGAAACGGGAUGGCUUACUGUGGCGUCGCCACUUGAUAGAGAACUUCAACCACUCCAUGAACUCAUCGUGCGUGCUACCGAUGAAGGAGGGCUGUUCACGGAUCAUAAGUUCAGAGUAGAGGUCACCGAUGUCAAUGAUGAAGCUCCUCAAUUCGACGAGAAUUUCUACAUUGUCCAUGUAGAUUCUAGCGUUCUCACCAUUGGCCAAAUCAUUGCCAGAGUUGUAGUAACGGACAAGGACCUACCACCGUUCAACAACACACGCCUAUUCAUCAGUCGAGGCAAUGAUGACGGUCUGUUCGCCAUUGACGAUUCGGGCAAAAUUUCCAUCGCCAGACUGAAUCAGCAAAAACGCAGUUAUAACCUAACCCUUCUCGCCUUUGACGGAACUCAUGCAAGGACGGCAUCGAUGAAUUACGUCUUCUCUCGUCAGUUGGAAGUGAAAAGUCUUGGUUCGUCAUGUAGUCAGCCAGUAGAAGUGCAUAUAAUCGAUGUGAAUGAUGAGAGUCCUGUCUUUACAAAAGCUGAGUACACCGUAUCGAUCAAGGAAAAUGAACCAGCCAGCGAGAGUGAACGAUAUUUCGUCGCCAGGGUUCAUGCUGAAGACAAGGACUCUGGACAGUUUGGACGUGUACAAUACAGCCUGGUAUCUGAUCACGGUGGAAUAUUCGUGAUUGACCGUGACACGGGAGCGAUUACUGUAACUCGCCCAUUAGAUCGAGAACAAACCCAGGACUACUUACUACAUGUUGUGGCCCAAGAUUCGGAUCCGGUUAAACCGAGAAGUAGUAAAGCAAUGGUGCUCGUGUCGGUGCUCGAUCAGAACGAUAAUCCGCCGUUGUUUGAGCGUAGCGAAUAUGUGCUACAGGUAAUGGAAUCUGAAUCUGUCGGAUAUACGCUGGUGACGGUACGGGCUGAAGGUGGAGACGCUGGAGAGACGGUCACCUACAAGUUGUUAGAAAAUGGGACCCACAACGACUAUGUCACCCUUGAUGAAGCGAAAGGAGUCCUCAAAUUGGCCAAGGGACUUGAUUACGAGAAGGAAAAGCUGCUCACGUUGACCAUUGUUGCAACUGAUUCUGGUUCUCCGCCUCUGUCAUCCGAAGCCAUCGUUACGAUACAGGUGCUGGACGAAAAUGAUAAUAUCCCGGUGUUCUCGAAGGAAAGCUACAAGGCCGCAAUCGAUGAAAAUUCUCCGAAAGGAACGAAAGUUCUGAAGAGGCCUUAUCACCGUUUCGAGGUGGAAGCUCGCGAUGGAGGUGAGCCAGCGCAGAAAUCGGUGGUAACUGUUCUGAUUGACGUCAACGACGUGAAUGAUAACUCUCCAGUAUUUGCCGAUUGUAACAUGACGGCUGUAGUGCAGGAAGGUGUCAUGCCUGGUCAUACUCUUCUUUCGUUAUCGAUCAGCGAUGCAGAUGGGGCGAAUUUCGGUGCGCCGUUCCGUGUAGAAGUUCGUGGCGAGGGAGCAAAAGCGUUCCGAGUCGAUGAGCAGUACAAUCUGGUGACGGUCACUCGUUUCGAUCAUGCGAGGAGAGAUCGAUUCCUGCUCACUGUGAGGUUGAUCGCAUAUGAUCGCGGAAAUCGCUCAACCGAUUGUCCGUUGACAGUGUUCGUGAAGGAGGAAAGUCGACAUCCGCCUCGUAUACAGCCGUUGAGAAUCUCGUUGAAUACGCUUAUGGGAGAAUUCAAAGGCGGUGUGAUUGGCACAGUUCAGGCGAGAGAUGAGGACGCUGGAGACAUGCUUCGAUUCUCGAUGGUUGAUGGUAGCAUUCGUGGCCCACUUCCCACAGACGCCCAUCCACGAGCUCAUGUGGUCAAACCACAUUUGUUCCGAGUUGAUGCGAAGACUGGGGAGAUUUGGACCGAGCAUGGCAUUCCUGGUGGUCUUCACGCCUUCAAUGUCUCAGUAACUGAUGGAAAAUUCAACACUGUCAGCUAUGUGGAAGUGGAGGUUACAUCUUUGGAGCAAGACGCCGUUGAUCAUGCAGUUGCCGUACGCCUGAAGGGCAUGACGGCGUUGGAAUUCUUCACAAAUUACGCCGCCAAGUUCAAAGCGGUCUUCGCACAGCAUCUGAAUGUCGAUGCGAGAAAUAUUCAGCUGCUCAGUGUGCAGGAGACGUCGCGAGCAAGAGUACCUCGAUCAUCGUUGCCGGAUUCGAAGCACACAGAUCUUGACAUUUUGUUCACGGUAUCACGAGGAGGUGGUCGUGGAAUGCUGAAACCGGAUCAUGUCUACACCAGGCUCAAACACGAUUUCCAGAGCAUAGUGGAUCAGAGCGGAUCAAUGAAAUACCAACUGACCACGGAGAUGUGCACUCCUGGAGUAUGCCAGAGAGGCGAAUGUCGUGAGCGGGUCUAUCUUGAUGAUCAGCAACAGACAACGGUUUCUACCGGAGGAGUUGCGUUUGUCGCCCCUAAUCAUCACCGCGUAGCAGAGUGUAUCUGCCCGGAAGGUUAUGGUGGAUCACGAUGUGAACAGGAAGUGAAUGCAUGUGCCCGUUCCCCGUGUCAUCCGUGGGAAAUGUGCGUGCCGUCGGAAGGCUCCCGAUUUGAAUGCGUUUGCCCACCAGGUUCCUCUGGUGACAGAUGCUCUCAAGCGUCAUGCGAAAACGAAGGCCGUUGUCUAGAAGAGGCAGAACUUUCCGUUGGUGGAACAGGUUACUUUGAAAUGUCAAUUGCUCAUGAAAUGGAGACACGUAUGGAAUUGGAAGUGGAACUGAAAACGACCACAUUAACGGGAGUCAUUUUGCAUGCCCAUGGACCAAGUGACUAUCACAUGUUGGAGCUGGUUGACGGACGAGUUGUCUACCGCUGGAACGCCGGUUCAGGAGAAGGAGCCGUAACCACGGAGAAGUCGAUUGCAGACGCUCAAUGGCAUCGUAUCUCCGUUAGUCGUCGUGGACGCAGAACACGCUUGCAACUUGACGGUGUUGAUACGAAAGAAGGAUGGAGUCCACCUGGAAGUGAUGUCAUCAACCUCUACUCAUCCAGUCAUCGACUAUUCUUCGGCGCUCGUGUUGAACGUGAAAAUUCGUCCUCGGUGUCAAUCACAAAGGCGAUUGUGGCCUGUUUUCGAGCGAUUUCGAUUGAUCGGAGAUUGCUAAUGGUUUUCGAUUUCAGAAGUGUUGCGAAGACUCGCCAAGGGUUGCGAUUAUAUUCCGCUAGCACAGAUUUGGACGAUGCGUGUGCCACUGAACCAUGUGGUUUGCAUGGGACGUGUAUUCCAAUUCCAAAGCAACAUAGUCAUAAUCUAGGCUAUAUUUGCAACUGUACCCAUGGAUUUUCUGGAAAGACCUGCGAUGACGUUGCACCAUCAUUUCUGGCUCGAAUCUCGCUGAUAGAACUGAUUAUCGCAGUGGCGAUUCUCGUCCUUAUCAUAGCCGUCAUCUUUGCUAUCACAAUUGUCUGCAAAUGUCUGAGAGUGAAGAGUGAGGAUGGAAAGUACGGCGAACAUGUACAUGCUGUGGCCCAUGUGCGUAAUCCGCAUGUGGUGCCACCACCAGUUGCAUCAGCACCACCUCCGUUACCACCAAGAGCAUUCCGUGGAGGAAAUCAGAUGAUAUCGAACCUUGAACAGGCUCAACUGACUGGUCUACCGACGGUGCAGGUACGCCCACUGCCACAACGUGAACGCCUUUCGUCCAGUGGUCGGGGCGACUCACGAUCGCCAUCGCUUGUCGGUACAGGGAAACAGUGGAAGCGCGCUACGGAUUAUGGCAGCGCUGCAGACGAUUUAGACGAGUCCGGACGAGUUUCCUCGCACGACUCCAGCGCUAUGGAAGCGUUGCGUCGUUUUGGAUUCCGUGUUACCGAAGAAGAUGACCCAGGACGUCCGUCGAGCGGCAAAAAUCGUGCUCGAGUGAACGAUCGCCACCCGGUAGUCGUUACGAGGGACGCCCUCUCUGCACUGAACCAAGAAAGGACUCCACUGGCUGAAUCGAUACAGUGCUUGCCGACAACUGAAGGUGAUGACGAUGGCGGCGAGAAAUGGGGUGAUGGAGUUGAUCGUAUUGGAGCGGCCAUACAAAUGGAACGUAUGAGGAAUCGAAUCUCUGACUGUCGCGGUGAAAGUGGAGAAACCGUUUUGAGCCCGGUGAUCAACGAUGACGACUAUAUGACGAUGCGACCGCGUCGGAGUUUGGCGACAUCGAGCGAAUCUCAGCGGCGACCGCUUCUGAACAACGGUGACGAUAGUGAUGGUACUGACGAUGCGGUACUGACCAGUCAAGCGCCACCACCACCAAGUCACAAAAAUGUGUUUAAUUCUCGAAUUUACGACGAUCCGCCGACUCGUGGCGGCGGAGCUGGUGAUACCGACUCGCUGGCUACGUCGCAGAUUUGCGACAUCGAUGCCAGUGAUGCCGAUGAAUUGUCUACCGAUGCUAUAUUAUAG